AUGGCAUCCCCGGGUUCCUUUCCGACCCUGGACGCACUCUAUUUCCCGUCUGCCCAGACAUCCCUCUCACAGACGCUGUCUUCUCUCCGCCGCUCGGCCUUGUCCGUUUCCAACCGGCUUCAGUCAAUUGUGACAGAUGCGGUCUUUGUGCAGGAGGUAGCGGGACAUUAUGACCUGCCUCUGGUUGCGAAUGAACGCUGUGGUAGUUGGUAUAUUGACCCCCAGACCAAGGCGGGCAGCGCCUAUUUCAAGAGCACAGACGGCCAUACUGGGCAAUGGGAUUUUAGUUUUCGUAGGCUCAAUCUACAAUUACUCCUACUGGCUCAGAAAUAUGGAGGGUGUGUAAUUGUCGACUCAACCCGCCGAGGGAAAUUGAUGCCGGAUGCCUUAUCCAAAACGAUCCCUAUCUGGUGCGCGGUGCUCAAUCGGGCCUUGUUCCCGACGCAGACUGCACAUCAUGCCGUCCAGCUCCCGCCCAAUUACCUAGGGAAAUCGGAGGAAUCGCAGAUCGAAUCCCGUAUUGAUGGCUUUGUCCACUCUCUCGAGAGCCUCAAACUCGACCUCGAGCGCUUGCGCCAGCAGCUCGGGAAGCCUCUGCGAGUGGCCUGGGCCAAUCGAUCGUACUUCCACCCGGCAGACCUGCAUAAAGGCGAGGAGUAUCACCUCUUAGUGCUGUGCUCGGCAUCAGAGCGCAUCCGCGGUGCGGAGAUGUCGGCGGGAGGAUACAUCCAGGGCGCAGGCGACGAUAGCGAGGCAUGGGCGCAUGGGCUGACGCCGCCAGUGUUCUGGGCGAACCAGCCUGUUCUGAAGCGGACUGCGGAGGAGGAUUUGCCGGGUGUGAUUGCAGACUUGGUAACCGAGUACAAGCGCCAGCACACUGAGCACAAGGCAACUGUCAUCGCGCCAACUCAAAACCUUUACAUCAGCCAAACGGACGCAUCUGUGGAUGUGGCAGCUCAGUAUGACCUCGUCAUUGACUGCAACGGGGACCCUUUGCCCGUGGAAGGUAAUGCAAAACGCCUUAACCUCGGCUGUGCGUCGGCGAAGCUAGGCAGCCGUGAUCUACGUAAGUCGUUGGACACAGUGCGUGAUUUUGUUGGCACACAACUGGGCUCUGAUUCAUCGCAAUCGUUGUUGGUGACGUGCGAUACGGGCAAGGACCUCUCAGCCGGGGCACUGCUGGCAAUUAUUUGCCUGUUCUACACUGAAGAUGGAACCUUUGAUGCCUCGCAGUGCAAGCGCUCGAUCAGCAAGCAGUUCAUCCGACAGCGUCUCGCGUGGAUCGUGUCAUCCAAGCAUGACGUGAAUCCGUCUCGCUCGACGCUGCAAUCGGUGAACCACUUUUUAAUGCAGCCACCGGAUUAUUGA